AUGUACUUGGGCAUUCAGACUCACAGACAGAAGGAGAACCAGCGCCGCUUCUACCUGGCCAUGAUGUACGAGUAUGCAGAUGUGAACAUGCUCCGGCUGCUGGAGACCUUCCUGGAGAGCGCCCCCCAGCUGGUGCUGCAGCUCUGCAUCAUGAUCCAGAGCAACCAGGCCGAAGGGCUGCAGUGUAUGUCUGCUCUGUCCUCUCUUCUGUCUUUGGCAUGGGUGCUCGCUUCAUACCAGAAACUUCUGCGUGAUUCCCGUGAUGACAAGAAGAGCAUGAGUUAUCGCGGUGCUCUGGUGCACCUCUUUUGGCGCCUCUUCACUAUCUUCUCUCGGGUGCUCUCCUUUGCCCUUUUUGCCUCUGUUUUCCACAUCUACUUUGGUAUUUUUGUGGUGCUACACUGGUGCGCCAUGGCUUUCUGGGUAAUCCAUGGUGGUACUGACUUCUGCAUGUCCAAGUGGGAGGAGGUGUUGUUCAACAUGGUGGUGGGUGUGGUCUAUGUUUUCUGUUGGUUUAAUGUUCAAGAGGGCCAGACCCGCUACCGGAUGGUAGUGUAUUACAUUGUGGUCCUGUUGGAGAACACUCUCCUCAGCUGUCUGUGGUAUGCUUACCGGGACCCCGUCACUACAGACGCGUACGCCUCCCUCGCCCUCUGCGGAGUAUUCCUGUGCUUUGCCUCAGGUGUGGCUUGCAUGGUGCUCUACUACAGUGUCCUCCACCCUAUGGGCCCCCGCAUGAGGGUUCUGGCCAGCUCCUGCUGUGCUGAGCUCCUCUGGGGUCUCCCACUGCCUCCAGAGGCAGAACCCAUGGCCCCCACUCCAGGCCCUCGAGGGUCUCAGGCCACACCCACUCGGGGCAUGGCUAUAGACCCUGAGGAGCUGGAUGAAACUGCCACAGACACUUGCCUUCCUGUGUUCCAGGUGCGCUCCACAGAACCAGUAGACGCUGCAGGGCGGCCAAUCAGGCCUGAAGGCCCACUCAUCAAAAUAGACAUGCCUAGAAAGCGAUACCCUGCUUGGGAUGCACACUUUGUGGAUCGGCGCCUGCGUAGGACCAUAAAUGUGCUCCAGUUCAUAAGCCCGAACGCAGUGGGCAUCAGGUACAGAGAUGGCCCGCUCCUGUAUGAACUACUGCAAUACGAGUCAUCACUCUGA